AUGCAAAAGUAAAUUGAUGAGGUUGAACUAUUAUUAAAGAAGAGUCCGCAACAUAGAAGCAAAGCUGAGAUCGAUCUUCUAGUUAAAUUAACCUCUUAACUUCCUUUUUUUAAAUAAUACACCAAGUCUGAGAAUGGAAUUCAAAUACAAAGGAAAUGUUGUAAAAACAUGUAUUGUGAAAAAUUCAAAACCCAUGAAAUUGUAUUCUAUGUAGACAGCGUAGGCACUAAAUUCUACAUUAUUUUAGAAGGACAGGUUGUGGUAUUAGUGAGGAAGCCCAAUCAAAUUGAAAUGGAAGCUGUAAGAAUCCUGAACAAAGGGGAAUCUUUUGGUGAAUUAGCACUCCUACACAAGCAACCAAGGUUAGCGACAAUCCAAUGUCUCACUGAAUGCACUUUUGCUGUUUUAGACAAAUAACAAUUUAAACAUAUUCUUUAAGAAGAACAAUAAAAAUAACUGGACGAAAACAUCGAUUAUUUCUCUCAAAUCAAGAUAUUUUCCCAUCUUCACAGAACCCAAUUGAAACAUAUUUAUCUAAAUUCCUUUUUGUAUGAAUUUGAAAAAAAUCAAAUUGUUAUCUAAGAAGGCUAAAAGGUUGAUUAUUUUAUUUUAAUUAAAUCUGGUAGCUUCUUAGUUAAGAAAUUCAUUAGAUCUAAUCAAACUAAUGCUAAUCUAUUUGAAAUCGGAGAAUUGCAAGUAUUUGGAUUCUAUCAUCUCAACAUCAAUCUUCCUUAUGAGUACUCACUGGUCUGUAAUUCAGCCAAGGGCUAUGCUUAUAAAAUCUAAAGAACUUCUUUGGUUGAAAGAAUGUUUGAAUAACAAUCAGAAGAACUUAAAUUGCACAGAAUAGAACUCCAAUAAUUUGCUGAACUUAGAACAUAGACAGAUGCAAAAACAGCCUCCACUUUUCCAUAAUAUUAUACUUAAAGAAUUAAAUCAGAAAAUAUAAUUGAAUCUCCACAACAAAGCGAAAGAUUAAUAGAGACUACAAAAAAGAUACAAUAAAUUCAAUAAAUUAAAAAAUAGCAACGUAUUAAUUUAAUCAAAUAAUAACUCGAAUUCUUAUCUUAAAAAUAAAAAAAACAUCCAGUUAAAGUUAUACCUUUAAGCGUUACUCAUACCUAAUCAGAGCUCUUUCUUAAAUCAAAAAUCUGCUAUAAUUUUGUUACUUAAAAUGAAUCUCAAGAUUUGGAUACCUAAUUAAUUCAAAAGCCUGAAUCCUAAGUUGAAUAACCAAAAUAUAAAAUGAAAAAACUUGCAAUGAAAACCCACUUCCCAGAAGAAUUGUUAGACAAAUAAUCUUGUAAUAGUCCCUUGAGUACAUCGCAAUCCCAAUUGAAAAGCCGCAAAGAAAAAACAAGAAUGAUUUUGCCAAAAGCUUAAAACAGAAUUAAAUCCAGAACAUUUCAAUCCUAGAUGCACUUCUCUCCUCUCUUCAAAACAUAAAAUAAUCGUCUCUAAUUGAUAUUAAGCAGUACAACCAGCAAUAAAGUCUUAUGA